CCAAACCCGUAAUCUCUCUCUCUCUAACUCUCUCUCUCUCUCACACAUACACAGUCUCUCUCUCUCUCUCUCUCUCUCUCUUUGAUCGAUUUUUUUCGCCGGAAAUUUGUGUCGCCGAUCGGACCUACCGCAUCGCCGGUGAAGGAAUCGUGGAAACUUCCGGCGAGGUAAGAUUUCUUGAAAAUUUGAAAUCUUCCUUUGCCGUUUUCACAGUACGGUGACCUUUUUUUUUUUGAUUUACGUGAAGCAUUUUGGUUCAGAUCUGGUUGUUUUUUGGUACUUGAGAGAGAAUUAGGGUUUUCCUUUGUGUUUAAUCGAGAGUUUUUGGAUGGAUUUGACCGUUAAUUUGGGGAUUUAGGGGUUUUUUUUGUGUAGAUUUUGAUGUAGAUGGAAGAGGGGUUGAGAUCUGGUGGCCCUUCGGGGCUAGUGGUGAAGAAUAGGAACUCUUCGGGUUGUUUAAUCGUUAGGAAAAAGAGUGGGGAUGGGGUGGGAGGAGUGGCUGGUUCUUCGAGUUCUCGAAAGGUUUACGAGCGGAGAAAGGAGAAGAAGAGGUCUAGGUUGGUUUUGAGUGAUUCGGGGUCGAGUGACGAGCUUUUGCCCACGCCUCGGAGAAGGGUUGCCCCUGAAACUAUUAGGGUUUGCAAUGGUUUAUCUGCCUAUGAUAAGGGUAUUGGAGAGGGGAGUGGAGUUAUUCGAAAGAGGGAUAGGUUGGAUCAUGUUAGGCAUUAUGAGGAUGGUAUGAUUGGUAGGAAUGGCUUUGAUGAGAGCGAAAGGAAGAGGAAUAAGAUGGAUGUGUUUGAGUUUGAUGAGUAUGAUGGGCUUGAUGGGGAAAGGAUGCGUAGGAAACGUUUCGAUGGUAGUGGAAUUGAAGUUGGAGGAAGGAGGUAUUUUGGAUCAAUGGAUAAGCCUCGAGGUGGGAUGGAGAGGGAAUAUGAAACCGGGCCGAGUAGACAUGGUUAUGACAAGAGAAAAAAUUUAUAUUUUGACCGGACAGGUGGCUUGAAUUUGGGAGAUAAUGUGGAUAAUGGUAGGUUUAAGAUGAGUAGAGAUGGAGCUCAGCUACCUCAAUCAUUUUUAAGGGAGAAGUUCGGGGGUCAUUCAGAUGAGCCGAUUAGAGUUCAGGGCAAAAAUGGUGUUUUGAAGGUGAUGGUAAACAAGAAGAAGAAAUUGGGUAGUGGGCCUUUGGAAAAUUUUGAUCCCCGCAAAGCUGAGGAAAGUAGAAAGAGUUUGAAAACUCCAGAUGUUGCUAAAAGGAAUAUAGUAAUUCAUUCUUCAUCAUACCCACCUGAGACAAAACUUAUUGAGAAACCAGGUUUAUAUGUCCGGCCAGAAAAAAGUCAGCUGGCUUUGCAGAAAUCUCUAUCAAGUAAGAAUAUCAAGGGUGUCAAAUGGGAUUCAGAGGACAGUGAUACGUCAUUAAAGCUAAGAUUGAAGAAUGUGGAGGCUCAUGAUUCUAUGAAGAAGGUAAGUUGCAAAGAAGAAAAUACUCCUAUGAAAAUAGUAAGUUCCAAAGAAGAAAAGACUCCUCCUUGUGAGAAGCUCCCACCAACUGCAAUUAAAGAAGGAAAAGUUAGGCGUGGUAGUGGCACAGAAAAGCAAAAACUGCGUGAACGGAUUAGAGGGAUGCUUCUGGAAGCUGGCUGGACAAUAGAUUAUAGGCCUAGGAGGAACAGAGACUAUCUAGAUGCUGUGUACAUUAAUCCCUCAGGAACAGCGUACUGGUCAAUCAUCAAGGCCUAUGAUGCACUUCAAAAGCAAUUGAAAGACGAGGAUGAUGAGGCCAAAGCCAGUGGGGACGUUGCUUCAUUUGCUCCUAUAGCAGAUGAUGUGCUCAGCCAAUUAACCAGGAAAACUCGAAAGAAAAUUGAGAAGGAACUGAAAAAGAAGCGAAGAGAUUACAGUGAUAGUGAGAAUGAAGCAGAACCUGCUGUGAGAAGAUCUGCGAGUACCAAGCAUGAUUUGGAUAGCAUGGACAGUGCUAGCCAUGAAGAGAAACUAAGCUCCUUCAUAAAGCAGGGUGGUAAGUCAAUGAAGGGUAGAAUGAAUGAAAAUGGUUCUGCCAGUGUAAACUCAAAAAGUCAAAAUUCUACUCAUGAUAGCAUUGAAAAAGCAUCCUCUGGAUCCAAUUCCCGUAUCCUACAUGGAAGAAAGAGUAGAAAACUUGGCAGAUGUACUUUGUUGGUUCGUAGUUCUAAGAAGGGGCAAAAUUCAGAAACUGAUGGUUUCAUUCCAUAUACUGGAAAACGGACACUACUUUCCUGGCUGAUUGACUCUAAAACUGUGGAGUUAAGCCAAAAAGUGCAGUAUAUGAACCGUCGGCGGACUCGAGUAAUGCUGGAGGGUUGGAUUACACGAGAUGGCAUUCAUUGUGGCUGCUGUAGUAAAAUCCUCACUGUUUCGAAGUUUGAGAUUCACGCAGGGAGCAAAUUGCGUCAGCCAUUUCAACACAUAUAUCUGGAUUCUGGGAUUUCUCUUCUGCAGUGCCAGAUUGACGCAUGGAAUAGCCAGGAAGAGUCUGAACGCAUUGGUUUCCACUCUAUAGACAUAGAUGGAGAUGAUCCAAAUGAUGACACUUGUGGCAUCUGUGCAGAUGGUGGGGAUUUGAUCUGUUGUGAUGGUUGUCCAUCAACAUUUCAUCAGAGUUGCUUGGACAUACAGACACUUCCACCUGGUGAUUGGCACUGUCCAAAUUGUACAUGCAAAUUUUGUGGGUUAGUCAGUGUGGGUGUUGCUGAAGGAGAUGAUUCUACUGCCUCUGCACUACUCAAGUGUAGUUUGUGUGAGAAAAAAUAUCAUGAAUUAUGCAUGCCUGAGACGGAUGCUAUUCCUGUUGAUUCCAAUAAUCUAGUCCCUUCCUUUUGUGGGCAAAAAUGUAAAGAGAUCUUUGAGCAUUUGCAGAAGUAUCUUGGAGUCAAACAUGAACUGGAAGCAGGCUUUUCUUGGUCUCUUAUUCAUAGAAUGGAUGAAGACUCAGACACAUCUCUUCGAGGGCUUCCUCACAGGGUGGAAGGCAAUUCAAAGCUAGCUGUUGCACUGACUGUUAUGGAUGAAUGCUUUUUGCCAGUUGUUGACAGGAGGAGUGGGGUUAAUUUGAUACAUAAUGUUCUUUAUAAUUGUGGAUCAAACUUCAAUCGAAUAAACUAUAGUGGCUUCUACACUGCUAUUUUGGAGAGGGGUGAUGAAAUAAUCUGUGCAGCAUCUAUCAGGUUCCAUGGGACUAAGUUAGCAGAGAUGCCAUUUAUUGGAACUCGCCACAUAUAUAGGCGUCAAGGGAUGUGCCGUCGGCUUUUUGGCGCUAUUGAAUCAGCUCUGUGCUCUCUCAAGGUUGAGAAACUGAUUAUUCCUGCAAUUGCUGAACUCAUGCAUACAUGGACUAUGGUUUUUGGCUUCACUCCUCUUGAGGAAUCUCUCAGGAAAGAAAUGAGAUCAAUGAAUAUGUUGGUAUUCCCUGGUACAGAUAUGUUACAGAAGCUGCUACUUGAGCAAGAUAACAUGGAGGGGAACAUGACAGGCAGCACAGGUGCAAAGCAGAUGGAGUGCAAAAUCAAGCUUUCUACUAAGCCUGAGGCGGAAAAUAAAUCUGAUGUGGAUUCCUUAGCUGGGCAUGAUUCUAAUGGGUGUAACAGCAAUGGUUCGGAUCUUGCUAAGGAGAUAGCUGAUGAAGUUGCAGCUGCAGAUGAUAAAUCUGAUAAGGACUCCUCUGUUGGGCAUGAUCCUCAUGCAUGUGAUGAUACUGGUUUGCAUGAUGCUAAUGAGUUAACUGAUGAAGUUGUGGCUACAGAUAAUAAAUGUGAUAUGAAUUCCUCAGCAGAUCUACAUGGGUAUGGUGAUACUGGUCUGCAAGGUGGUGAUGAACUAAUGAAUGAAGCUGCAGAUGCUGACAAUAAAUCUGAUAUGGAUUCAUCAGCUGGGCGUGACCCUCAGGGGUGUGAUAAUUCUGGUUUGCGUGGUGCUAAUGAUUCUGUGGAUAAUAAAUCUGGGAUGGAUUCUGCAUCUGGGCAUGAUUUUCAAGGAGGUGGUGAUGCUGGUUUGCCCAGUGCCAAUGAGACAGCUGAUAAUUUUGAAACUGCAGAUUCGAGUUCUUUAGAUGCUCUUAAACUUAAGAUUCCAGCUUUGACCGAGCAGACUGUGUGUUCUGGCUCUCUUUCUGGAGACAAGUUAGCAGAGUCUGUUUCUAAGAAGAAACCUGACCCUCCCCCUAGUGUGAGCUGUGAUGCAAUAGAGAUGGGAAAUAAACCAUUGUUGGAUUUUCCUGUCAAAGAUAAUAUGCAGUCUUCUGUCCAAUGUCCGCUUGUGCCCUUAAAUGAUACUCUGGUGAUGAGUAGUUCAUUAGAUGCUUCUGAUGAAGUUAAAAUUCCUGUUUCAGUUGAGGGGACUGCAUGUUCUGACUCUCAUGCGGAGGACAAGUUAGCUCAGUUGGCAUCUGGCAGGAAAUGUAUGUCAUCAUCUGAUAUUAGUCAUGAUGUACUUGAGCUGGAAAACAAACCAGCAAUGGAUUUUCCUGUUGAAGAUCAUGCCCAGUCUCUGGAAGUGAGUGAUAUGGAUGGGGUACAUGAAGUAAAUGACAUUGACUGUCUUGAGCCUGUUCCUUCUUCAGGAGAAAUUUUUGCAGAGAACACCACCAAGGAGAUCAAUGAAAAGCAAGAUGUCUCUGAUUCUACACAAAAUGGUUCUGCAUCAAUACUGAGUACUCCACUCUACUAAUUAUAUCUCUCAAUGGGAGAAUGCCUCAUUUUUAGAAGAUUUUAAGGCUCUGGAGCUAGUGUCUUAUCUCCUGAUUCAGAUAGUGUGAAUAAAAUCUAAUGAGUCCCAAGGGAAAUUCAUUUUGCCUCUGGCUUAAUUUAUGAGUGUAAUGUUAAGGUUCUAGAUUAACUUUUGUGCAUGUCAAGAUUAAAGUUUCUCUCAGAAGGUUUUGAAGUCUGCCUUUUGAUUUGGGUGAUGUAGUGUCAUGUGCUCGUCAAUGGUGAAGUUGCUGCUUUAGAGACAACACUCGGAAGUUGGAGGUGAUCUUUGUAAUGUUCUGGGCAGGUCACCUACCCAUGCUUUUUCACGGUGUAUAUAUCUGAAUCUGCCGCGGACAAGUCGGGAGUUUCUCUUCAAGCCCUUUAUCAUUGUAGCGGUUUGCAUUUUAUCAAAGUCAUUUCAUCACAUGAUAUAGGUGGUUGUACAUGAUUUAUUGUAGAUCAUCUCAACUACCUUUCCUAGUGCGCAUAAUACAGGUCAGCCACAACCUGCUUGCCCAAAUUGAUUUUGAUAGGCUUCUUUAUGAGAGCGAUAAAAUAUGAUGCUGUUUGAUGGUACUUAAAAAAUCUCUCUGAGUUCCUGAGCUGAGAUGGAACUUGUUUUAGAAGUUCUAUUUGGGACGAGUGUCAUGAUCUGAAAUGAAAAAGGGUACUGCUACUGGAAAGUUCUUCAAGGCACGUACGUAACAAGGAUGGCCUAAGCAAUGUUAAAAAUAUUCUUUAGAUAUGUAGAUUUAGUGGACAUUAAUAAUCAUAUUUCUUUGUAUGACCUUUCCCUUUUCCUUUUCCUCCGAGCUCAGCAGAUUUUGAUUUGUUUGCUCUUGUUACUGUUAUGUAAUCAGGGCAACGUUUGAUAUUUAUUAGGAUUUUAUGCUAUCUCAAACUCUGAGCAUUUUGUGAAUUAGAAGUUAAAUUGGAGCUCCUUUGACUUGCCGAGACAAAAGCAGCUGUUGAUUCUCAAAAGAAUAAAAAAAAUAUAUAUAUAUAUAACAUAGAAAAGAAAACUUGGUCAUGGGAUCCACUACCAAGUUCAAGAGACGUGCAAGCAUGUUUUGUCCAAUAGCCUUACAUUUCUAUAUUUUAUGCUUGAUGAAAAUGGGUUGAGUCAAUCAUUGCAGCUUCUGGAACGAAGAUAAAAGCAGGUCUAUGUUAUGGUCUUAUGGAUGCAACUUGGUUACUUCUCUGAGAUGCAGAGAGAGGCAAUGGGGAUGUACACAGGUGUUAUCCCUUACCUUUGGGGUGUGGUACGUCACGUAAAGCGUAGGUGGGGAUUUCAAAGGCUUCAGGUGGUGGGAAACCCAGAUGUUCCUAACAGGUUGCAAAUUGGGGACAAUUCUGUGACUACUACUAGGAAGUGAAGGAAUGUCUUGCUCUGGCGUAGAAAGAUUAAGAUGUAACGUAAAUUAUUUGCGACUUUGGUGUGUACUUAUGUGUUUGUCAAAUUCCCAGUUGUUUUUAUAGAUGUAGCCCCUGAUAGAAAUUCAUUUGGCUGUGGUCUUUCC